UUGGAUUGGUUGAAUGAUUGUAUAGCUAGUUCAAAUACGAAUGGAUGAAAAUGGUAUUGUCACGUAAUUUAUCUUAUACGUAUAGGCCAGUUAAUUUAUAAAAAAUGUUUUGUUUGCGCAAAUACAUGAACAUUGCAGUUAUAGCGAAAGAGCAAUCAUCUAGACGUAACGAAAAUAACCGCCGUUGAUGAUACGGUAACGAGUGUACGUAUAAGAUUUGAAGAUGUCAGAACGUGUUUAAAUUGUCGUUAUAGUGAUAUUGACAAUGGAAGAUUUUAAUGAUAGUGUGGAUGGCAAAUUGGCUUUUAGAAUGCGAAAAGUCAAUCCAGAACAGUUCCACACCCUCGUCAAAAUGCAUUUGUCUUUCGAAUUGGAUCUUAAUACCGAGGACAAUGACUGCUUCAAUGAAAAAGCAAAAUUAAAGAAAUGGGGUCUCUUAAGCUUUACAAAGAAACCUAAAUCAACAAUUAACUUACAAAAAGGUGUAGAAGGUGCUAGUUUGACAGAGAAUGGAAUUAACCAAGUGAAACAAUUGAUAGAGUAUUUAUCGAAGGAACAAAAUAUUAUUCAAGAGGGCAUAUUUCGUCGUACUGGUAAAUUGACAAGACAACAAGAUUUAAAGGUCACAAUGUAUCAAGGCAUUCCAUUAAGCCUUAAUGAUGGGCGAUAUAGUGUUCAUGACUGUGCAUCAGUAUUAAAGGGAUUUCUGGCAGAGUUGCCAGAACCAUUGUUAUCGGAUUUGCAUUACCCUGCACAUUGUCAAAUUGCUGAAUUAUGCAGCUCUGAUGCAAAUGGCAAUGAUGCAAAAUUAUUAAGAUCUCUGCAAUUGCUUUUGUUACUUUUACCUUCUAUGAACAGAAUUUUACUCAAAUAUGUUUUAACGCUUCUUAAUAAAACAGCCAGUUUUGAAUGCAAGAAUAAAAUGAAUUGUGAUACGCUUGCUACACUUUUCACGCCACAUUUGAUGUGUCCAAGAAAAUUAUCACCGGAAGCUUUACAUAUUAAUUCCCAAAACUUAUCGUGCUUAGUUGCUUUUAUGAUUAGGAAAGGAAUAGAAUUGUUUGAAAUUCCACCAAAGUUAGCUACGGAUAUCAGAGCAUAUUGGGUAGAACAAGAAAGGAAGUUGUUGAGUCCUAAAAAUAUUGAUUUGAAUGAGUCAAUACCAGAUACAACAGGUACAGCGCAUACUGUGUUUAGUUUUGUAGAUCAUAAAUUAACAGCAAAAGCAAAUUCUACACAAAAUACUCAAGCAGCUUUAGCUCAACUUUAUGCUCAUAUACAAGCUAUGCCAGAAUCAGCUAAAAAGCGUAGACUUGUAAAACAAUUUAACAAAGAAAAUGGUCAAGGCACGCCAAGACAAGUUAAAAAUUGUCGAACUAAAAGUCUUGGAGAUUCGAUUAAGAAGCAUAUAUUUCAGAAGAAAAUCUUGGGACAUAAAAAAUUUAUUGAUCUUAAUAUAGGUUGUAAUAUUACUAGAUCGAGUAGCGAAGAAAAUAUAUUAUCAUCGAAUCUAGAAAAAUCAUUACUUCAAACAAAAAUACUGUUUAGUAAAUCAGAUGAUGAACUUAGCAUAGAAAACUGUGACACAAACAAUGACAGUUUUCUUCAUACUAAACAUAUUAGUAAUAGUACUGGUAGUCUUAAUACUCCUACGUUGAGGAAUUACAAAGUUAAGAGAAAGGCCAUGUUCAUGAAAUUUGUAAAUAUAAAGGAAGAACAAAUAAACGAAAAGUAUCAUGAAUGGAGUUUAAACAACUCGGUUAAAAGAUUUGGAGAUUCGCAUAUAAAUGAUUCUGUAUAUUCAAAAAUAGGCGAUGGAAGCACAUCCUUGCAAGAUGAACGUUUUAAUAUUGACAAUUUAAGACAUGAUAGUGAUUCUAUAUCUAAUAUUGUUAAAAUAUCUAGACAACUUAGCGAACCACCUGAUAUGUAUUCUUCUCAGAGUACUUUGUAUGAAACUACAGAAAAUGAAUUAAUCAGACAAAAUUCAGAACCUACAUUAUCAGUGUCGAAAGUAAACAAUGUAGAUAUGGCUUCUUCUUCAAAAUGUUUUGAAAGCAACAAAAAGCUACUGGAUCGUUCGAAAAUAGAAUUACACACUGACAGCGCACGUGUCCACUUAUCUCCUAUUGUGAAAAAUAGGUUUUGGAAUGUAUAUGUCGCCCAUACAUCGACACCAUCAAAUUUAUUGCGCAAAAGCUUAGUUACUAACGAAUACAUGUUAACUCCUAUUACUAAUAAUGAUAAGAGCAUAAGUCCAAUUACCCAAAGCGCAACUAAAAUGACUAAAGCAAUGCAGGAAACAAUGAUGACACCACGAUCUAGAAAACCAGUGAUGAUGGUCUCAGGUUCAAACCUUUGUAAUCUUGCCAGCGUUAAUAAUAGUUGGAAUCACCAUAAUGUAUCUAACAACAUGCGUAAUUCAAAUCUUGAUAUAAUUAGACCAAGAAACUGCACCUCAAUUUUAGAGGAAUCUCAAAGACCUAAUAGUACAGACAGUGAAAUCAUUUAUGGAGAAAGUAUUGAUUUGGAAGAAAAAGAAAACAUCGGUAGCGAUGUUGCAGGAAAGCGGAAAUUUUUCGCAUCUGUUGCAGAUGACUGUUGUACAGUUACUCAGCAAAGUACUAUGUCCAUAACAAGCACAUUUAGAGAAUAUUUGUUGUCUAGAAGUGUUUUAACUGCUAGUCCUGUUGAUCUCAGUUUUUCAUCGCGCGCAGGGGAUUUUGAGCAAUCAGAGUCCGACUUAAACAUCUUAAACGAAGAUCGCCUUUCUGACAGUUUACUUUGUUGUUUGAAUGGAAACGAUCCAGAAUCCGAUACUUCCGGUAUUGCUUCUGGUAGCAUUAAUAGCGCAAAUCAUUCCUCAGGAAAAAACGACGAAGUUGCAAGUUCGCCGAGGAAACGGGCAACUAGUUUACAACGUAACGAUUCCAAAAGAUCAAUAAAAGAAAACAAAACAUCAAAAAAUAUACGAGGACAAGGUUUUAAGUACAAACAAUUGAGCGAAUCGACAUUAAAUUCAGUAAAAGUACAAGAUACGUUUCAAGAAACUUCAUUUUGAGGCAAAAUGAUAUACUUAAAGUAUAAAUGAAGAUCAAUGUAAUUCAAAACUAUAGUGUUAAUAAUACGUUAACUUUCAUAUAAUUAUGCAAAUAUAUAUUUCUUUUAUUUUAAUAGUACGUUUCAUCUUAGAAAAGAAAUUGACAAUAUCAUAGAAACCUACAAAACAGUUAGGUUUGUUUCUUUAUGGUAUUAGAAGAUUUUACGAUGUAAUUCUAUUGUGUACGGUUGUGUCUUCAGAUUUUGUUUACUUUAAUUGUUUGUUCAUAAUAACAAAGAAAAGCGUAUUUUCGUUAUAUGAUGUAUACAAAUUUGUAAUAUUUAUAUCCCAAACAGUUUUGUACUAAAGUAUAAAUUGCGCAUUUAUUUUAUACACAGUCGUCCUUCGAAGUACGCGGAGGUUCGGAACACCCAUUACUGCGUAUCAGUCUCCUCUUACUCCACACUUCAAAUUUCUGUUAACCAGAAACCAUAAUACAAGAAUUGCAAAGAAAAAGUGUUAUUCAGGAAGGCACAUACGAGACAUAUUUCUUUUUGUAUUUCUUUCAAAAUAUUUUUAUAUGGUGUCCAUCCUUCUUCCACAUUUUAUUUAAAUUUGAAUGCAUAUAUCUUUGAAGAAUCUAUGUCGUAAAAAAUUAUCAUUUGUAGUGGCGGAAAGACUGCGACUUCGGAUAAGGCGGCGAAUACAAAGAUCGCGAAAAAACCGCGUACUUCGAGGGAUGACAACUGUACUGCUUAAACGUUUGUACGACACAUAUUUUCUUAAAUUAUUAAUCUAUAAAUAAAUUUUUUUGCACACCAAUUUUAUGAGAUCUU